GUCAUGACAAAGGUGGCAGCAACCAUUGACGCCUCGCUGAAAAACCAAUGCAACUUGAUCGCGCCUAUUUAGAUCAAGAUUGUUUACCUUUUAUUUUAUUUUGUUAAUUCCUCAACCCUAGAGCUAGGUCUACUUGGAGCCUAGUUCGAGUUCUAGUUCUAGUCUGACUUGCGCCCGCGGGGAUUGAUCGAUCGAACUGUGACUAUUUCUAGAACUAGACUAGACACGCGGAAACCGCUUUGGGGCGGAUUUGCCAAAAAAGAAGUCUGGCUCUCUCUAACUUACCACCCUACCUGACUGACCUCGGGGUAGGAAGCUUCCAAGAAUUCCCAGUGAAACUCCAACACCUUCCGAGUGGAGGCUGUCAGAGCUAUCGGAUCGAUCCCAGUCAAAUGAAACAUCAGCACAAUCUAUCUAUCUACAUUACCUACCUACCUUACCUACCUGCAUACAUUAAACUUAUCCCGCCAACUUACCUUCAUUAUCUUUGGUAUCUUUCAUUUGCAUCAUCACAAACGACAAAUACAGUAAUUUGGUAGCAAAGAACCUUGUCCAAUUGAUUGCGCAUAGGAAACGAUUUGUUUGAAACUGCUAUUGGAUUUCUAGAUCCUAUCUCGCCAUUUACAAUGGGAGUUGAGCAUGAGCUGGUAGUGGUUGAUGAGUUCGACGCUUUAUCAAUCGAGUUGAAGAGACCAAAUGGCUCCUCACCAUCAUCACCCUCGACGGCUUUUGCCGUAGAGAAGUAUCCAGCGAAAACCCAUGCUAGGAAGGUGGCCGACAAACUGGGAGUGGAUAAGGGCCUUAUCUACCUCCAGGGCAAGCCAACAACAACGUACGAAGACUCGGAUAUGGAGCCGCCCUUUCGUCAGAGGCGCUACUUCUACUACAUGUCGGGCGCCGACUUCCCCGACGCUCACCUGACCUACGAUGUCGCAACGGAUCAACUGCUGCUGUGGAUCCCCACCCGCCGACCAAGGGAGGAGCUGUACCUGGGUCGCAUUCCGAGUCGGGAGGACUGCAUGUCGCGCCUCGAUGUCGAUGACUGCCGCGACGUCGUCCAGAUGACCCGCUUCAUCGCCGCCCACCUCAAGCACCACCCGGGCACCACCCUUUUCCUGCUGCACUCGGACCAGGCUCCUGGCCUCGACGACUUGCCGGUCCAGUACGCCGGGCGUCGCCUUGAUAUCGGCCGCCUCCGCCUCGCCGUUGACGCCGCCCGCGUCAUCAAGACGCCGUUCGAGAUCCGCCAGAUCCGACGCGCCAACCAGGUCUCGAGCGAGGCUCACCGCGCCGUCCUUCGCCAGAUUCGCAACCUGCGCACCGAGGCCGACGUCGAGGCCGUUUUUGUCGCCGCCUGCCGGGUCCGCGGCGCCCGCAGCCAGGCGUACAACCCCAUCGCCGGUGCGGGCGCCAACGCCGCAACCCUGCACUAUGUCGACAACGCCGCCCCGCUCAAGGGCAAGCAGACGCUCGUCCUCGACGCCGGCUGCGAGUGGGACUGCUACGCCAGCGACAUCACGCGCACCAUGCCCGCCGCUGGACGCAAGUUCUCGCCUGAGGCGCAGACCAUCUAUCGCAUCGUCGAGAAGAUGCAGAACGCCUGUAUCGACCUGGUGCGGCCGGGCGUGUCGUACCUGUUCAUCCAGGCCACGGCCCAGGUGGUGGCCAUUGAAGAGUUCCUCAAGAUCGGUCUGCUGAUCGGGGACAAGGCCAAGAUUAUGGCCUCGAGGGUCGUCUCGGCCUUCUUCCCGCACGGUUUGGGUCACCACGUCGGGCUGGAGACGCACGACGUCCGUUCCGAUAGGCUGCUCGGGUACGACAAGUCAUCGGCGCCGCUGUGGCUGGGCAAGAGGCUUGUGAUGAGCGUCGAGCAGUGCGACAGGGUCGCCGAGCUCAUGGUCACGGCCCGGCAGCAGGGUGCGGACGCGAGGGACGCAUUGGCGGAAGGCAUGGUUAUCACCAUUGAGCCGGGAAUAUACUUCAACCGGCAAUACAUCGAGGCGUUCUGCAGCGACGUGCCCGAACGAGCUUCGUUCAUCAAUAAGAGCGUGCUGGAUCGUUAUUACCCAGUCGGAGGUGUGCGGAUCGAGGACGACAUCUUGGUAACUGCAGAUGGAUACGAAAACCUCACCACUGCCCCCAAGGGUGAGGAGGCGAUGCGAAUCAUCAAUGGGGACGAUGUGGAGGCCGAUGCGGUCCUGGUGUGAAAUUGCUUUUCUUUUCUUUUUUUCUUCCCCUAAGGAAAAGCUCAGCGUGUGUUGUGAUUUGCCUACCUAAUAACCAUGGGUGGUCUGAUGUAUGAUCAACUUUGCAACCACCUUUCUUCAUCUAAAUCUAAUCUGUCAUGCAUGCGGGCCUCUUGACAUUGCGGCUUCGUUGGGUAUUUUUUAGGACAGUGUCAUAUAGUUCUAUUAGUCAAAUGCCAUACUGCUCUUCA